AUGCCUGCCCGCAAAGCCAAAGCUAACCCCAUCCGACUCCCCUUGACCGAAAAGGACACCAGCUCUCUCGCCAAUGUACCUCAUCCUGCCAAGUCCGCCGCAACAUCCGCCAAAGGCAAGAAGAGGGACAUUGACUCUCUCAUGGACGCAGCCAACGCAAUCGUAUCAAAUGAGAACCAGAACCAACCUAAACCUGGUCCUAAAUCAAUCAUCAAGCGAGGAGAGAUAUUUGAUCCUGAUCAACAUCCCAAUGGAUUCAUAAUGGUGGGUUCCAUCCCUGAGGCGGACAUAGCAGAAUUAGAGGAUUCUUCUUUAAAUAUGUCAGAUAUGUCAGAUGAGGAUGAGGAUGAGGACGAUCUGAUGUUGAAUAUCAUCAAAUAUUCACCUAGUCAGAUUAGAAAUAAGAUACGAUCGUUUAUCAAUUCCGGUGAAAUGAAGGUGUAUCAAUUUUGCGAUGCUAUAGGAGUCAGUAAUGGUUCCUAUCAGAGGUUUAUGAAGGAGAGUGGACAGAAGGGACAAUGGAGUGAUACGUAUGCUGGAGCACAUAUGUUUUUCUUAAAGAGGGAAAGGAUGGGAAUCAAGAUACCACGCAAAAAGAAGAACGAUAAUACUCCUGCGAGCAAGAAAGCCAAGACGACUUCGAUCGAUCAAGAUAGAACCAAGAUGAAAUCUCCGUCUAAGAAAGAUUUAGAAGAUGAAUAUGAUGUUAGUUCAAUUACACUUGAUGGAGAAGACAAACCAGGUGGAAUAGCAGUGUACGAUACGUGCGAUGAUGUUCGGACGAAGAUCAAUGCCCAUCUUAGGAAACCUGGAGUCACAAUGGCAUCGUUCAAUCGAGCUAUUGCAAGAACUUAUAAAAAACAAGUCCCAUCUCAAGAAGUGACUAUUCAACAUAAACAGCUUAAAGAUUUUUUGGAGAAACACGGGUCCAGAUCUGGCUGUACUUCUAAAGUAUUUUACGGGUCGUAUAUAUACUUUGAAAAAUUAAGGAUCAAACAGAAUAAACCGAAGUCCAAGAAAAGAGAAGAGAUGGAGAAGAUGCAUGGUACGAAAGGAUUGGAUAUAAAGACGGAUCAGAAUCACAUGCAUUUCUGGGGUAUGGAAGGUGAAAGUUUCCAUGAAGAUAGUUAUGGAAGGACCAAUUUGAUCAGUGGUCGAGGAAGAAAAAUGAUAAUUUAA